UAUUGACAUUGAAAUCAGCUGGAGGACGAAGAGAAUUAGUGGAGUAGUUAUCCUGAAAUAGUUGAUGGUCAAGGAGUGGGAUCCCAAACGAUAAUUAAGUAACCUUUGGGAUGUCGACACUAAUUACCACCUCUCCCCAACAUGGGAACACAUCAAGAUGUAGGCACCAGACUACAAGUAGUGUUGAUAUUGAACAGAACGUAAAUCUUAAAGUGAUUAGUUAUGAUGAUACUGUUAGAAAACUGGACCACUACUAUGGCAUUGUGAAACGACAGCUACUUCAGAAUCAGAGCAUUACAUUAGGCAUCUUUCCAGCAACAAGUGCUGAAAAGGAAGUGGCUGAUAUUCGUACAUCUGUUUAUUGUGCUGCUGCUAUAUGGAGUUUAUAUCAAGCUUACAGACGUAUUGAUGAUGACCAUGGGAAAGCCUAUGAACUUGGGCAGUCAUGUGUUAAGUGUAUGAGAGGUGUACUUAAUUGUUGGAUGCGUCAGACAGAGCGUGUUGAGAAAUUCAAAAAGGGUCAGCAGCCAACAUAUGCCUUGCACUCAAAAUUUCACCUAAUUACAGGGGGAGAAGUCUUGUCAACUGGUCAAUAUGGUCAUUUGCAGAUUGAUGUUGUGUCCCUUUAUCUCCUGUUUCUUGUACAAAUGAUAAAUUCUGGCUUGCAAAUUAUUUAUACAAUGGAUGAAGUGAUAUUUGUACAAAAUUUGGUGUAUUAUGUUGAGCGAUCUUAUCGCACCCCUGAUUAUGGUAUGUGGGAACGUGGUAGCAAAUACAACAACGGAACACCUGAACUGCAUGCAAGUUCCAUUGGAAUGGCAAAGGCAGCUUUGGAAGCCAUUAAUGGAUGCAAUCUGUUUGGAGAAAAGGGGGCUUCCUGGUCUGUCAUAUUUGUUGAUAUUGAUGCCCACAACCGCAACAGAAGUAUUUUUGAAACACUUUUGCCGAGAGAGAGUAGUUCCAAACAUGUUGAUGCCAGUUUGAUAUGUGCGAUAUCAUUCCCAGCUUUUGCAACACACGACCAGGGGUUGUAUUCUAAAACAAGGAGCCAGAUUGUCAGCUCACUGCAAGGAAAGUAUGGAUUCAAGAGAUUCCAUAGAGAUGGUUAUGGAACUGUAUUAGAGGACAAGAAGAGAAGGUUUUAUAAUCAUGCUGAAACUAAGGAAUUUGAGAAUAUUGAAUGUGAGUGGCCCUUGUUUUACUUGUACAUGAUGAUUGAAGGAAUCUUCCGUAACAGCGAUGAGCAGGUUGAGCAGUACAAGAAUUUGCUGCAGCCUCUAAUCAAAAGGGAUAGAUAUGGAGAUCCUGUUAUUCCAAAGUAUUACUUUGUGCAGAGGGACCAUAUCUAUGGAGAACGAGCAGAACCAGGAUCUCAGGUACGUCAGGCCAGUUCUGAAGGAACAGCACAAAACCUCUUUUUGUGGGGACAAAGUAUCUGGAUUAUUGCAUCUUUACUGUUGGAAAACCUUCUCCAUAUCAAUGAGCUUGAUCUCAUCCGUAGAUAUUUGCCAUCAUAUAACCGUCCUCGUAAAGGAGGUCGAUAUUCAGCUUUCCAGAGCAAGUCUUCCAAAGGGACUGCAAGUGAUUUGGUAGUUCAGGUGGUCUUCAUUGCAGAAAGUAUGCGACUGCAGGCAAUGAUGGCAACGUAUGGUAUACAAACUCAAACUCCCCAUGAAGUUGAACCAGUACAGAUAUGGCCACCCAAAGAGUUAGUUAAGGUUUAUAAGUACUUAGGUGUCAGUGAAAAACUUGGUCUUCGUGGUCGUCCUCUUCGCCCAGUUGGUGCUCUUGGAACAAGCAAGAUUUAUCGAAUUUGUGGUCAGACAGUGCUAUGCUAUCCACUUGUUUUUGAAGUUAGUGACUUCUACCUCUCUCAUGAUAUGGCACUGCUUAUUGAUGACAUCAAGACUGAGUUGCAUUUUGUUGGUAAAUACUGGAGGCUGUCUGGACGACCUACUGUUUGUAUUCCUAUAAGAGAAGAACACAUGAGGGAUGUUCAUUUCCGAGAGUUACUUGACCUGCUAGCUAUGUUGAAGAAUGGACAUUGUGAUGGCCUAAAAAUACGAACUGGUCGAUUGCAAAACCUGAUAUCUUCAUCGUGUAUUGAGCAUCUUGAUUUCAUGAGUGCUAUGGACAUAGACUUGGAUAUCAAGCCUUUUGAACAGCUGAAACAUGCCAGUAUUGGGUAUCAGUCACUUACAGAUGUUCCAACUGCCAUCACUUAUUCUGAAGACUCAAAAAGCUUCAAGGAUAUGGAAGCACAGCCUACACCAGAAGUGAUAAAUGUUUUACGGUCGGUAUCAACAUUACACGGCCAGAUUGAACUUCUAGGAAUCCUUUUGCGUCGGGAGGGACCAAGCUACCAAAUAGAUGGAGCAUCUGUUCAAGACCGUGUGUCCUCACUGCUUCAUCAGUCUUCCUCACUAAGAUACUGGUCUGUGGUCCGACAAUGUAAUGCAUUGCUAUCCCGAGAGGUGGAAUCCAUAUCGCCUUACAUCACUACUGUUUUGGUGUCUGGGAGACAGCUGACUGUUGGGUAUGGCAACAGUGAAAUUCUCAUUGACCGUCCUGUGCAGCCUGGUGAGAUUCAUGACCUGUUCUACACCCCUGCUCUUCAGGAUCAUGGUGUUGUGCAGGCGGUACUGCAGCAAGAAGUAGUUUUAUACUGUGGGAAACUAAUUGCAACACACACACAGCUCUUUACUGGCAUUCUCAAUAUUAGAGUAAGUUGGAUGAUCAAGGCCAUGACUUAUUAUCUACAUGACAUCCGGGGCAGGAAGGAAACUGUUGAAGCUUUAGCUCCUAAUGAAGUUAGAAGGCUUGUAGUGAAGGUUCUCUCCAUAGACAAGUGGGCACAUGUGGAAAGGCUAACACCACAGCAGACAAGGAUGAUUGAUGGGUGCUUAGGACGAACUCCCAAGAAAUUUUAUGAGAAGGUCUGGAACAUCCUUUUAAAGACGCCCAAUGGUGUUUGUUUGUGCAGUCACUUGUUACCCCAGGAACCUACAAUCUCAGAAAUGUCACCUGGUGAACUUAAUUUUGCCAUUGCUGUCCAAACUCUUCUGAACCGUAUUGAACACCCUGAAUAUCGACAGAUCGUUGUAGAGUUGUUCACCAUUAUUGCUACUAUAUUGGAAAGAAACCCAGAGCUUCGGUUUACUCAGCAGUUAAAUUUGGAUCAGAUUGUUAAAGAUGCCUUCAAGUUAUUUUGUAAGGACUCUGGAAGAAGUAUGGGUGACGACAUGUUUCUGCUCUUUAAUGAAACUCAAGCUGCAUUAACAAGUUACCUUGCACGUGCUGUUGUUAAUUCAAUGCUGUCUGGAGAUGUUCGCAGUGAAAUUGAUGAAGGUCUUACGUUCUGCAAGGUUUCCUAAAUUGUUUUGGUUGAAUUAGGCGGUCCCCGGGUUACGGCGGGUUUGACGUACGACGUUCCGAGGUUAAGGCGCUUUUAAAUUAUAUUCAUCAGAAAUUAUUUCCAGGGUUACAACGCCUACAACGCUCAUCUGGCAGAAGAAAUAUGACACCAAAAGUGCAAAAUAAUCAAUAUUUGAAGUUUUUUUUACUUGAAAAAUGCAAUAAGAAUGCAGUUUACAUAGUUUUUAAUGCACCCAAAGCAUUAAAAGUAAGGUUUUCUUAGGAUUUUUCACAAUGUUCCGGCUUAUGACGAUUUUCGGCUUACGAAGUGUCUCAAGAAUGGAACCCCUGUCGUAACCCGGGGACUGCCUGUACUGUAUUUUCAUAUUUUCAUGACUAAAUGCACUUUUUGUGAUAAAACUAAAUUGAAAUACUGAGGUAUAAGCAUUUUUAGAGUUUUUUUUAACUAUCAAAAUAGGCAGUUCUAAGCAUUUUUUGAGGGGUUUUAAGUAUUCAUGGAUUUUAGCUAUUCGCAAAUACGGGGGUUUACUGUACAUAUUCCUAUUUUUAUGUUUAGAUGUUGUAGGUGUUUAAUGUCUUCCUUUUAAUUUUUGAGGGAUGUUCAUUGUUGUUGAUGGUGAUUCUGUUAUUGUUAUAGUAUGUUCUUUACUUCUCUGUUCAGUUGGACAGGAAUAUUUUACUGAUUUCUUAUAGUAUCAAGAAGUGACAGCGUGAUGUAUUAAAGCUUGGCAGAAAAUGGUAUGUAACUAUUUUUAUUUGUUUAAUAUGCAAUCAUGGAUUAUAAUGUCCAGUGUAGUAAGUGUUUGAAUGGACCUAUAAAAUAAAAGUAUUGAGAAUGGAGUCUAGUGUAACAUGAUUAAACUGUUGAGGGAGCUGUGGACAUGGAUCACUAUUAUUGAUUUUUAUGGAUACUGAAAUUUAGGAUAAGUGAGGUUUUACAUUCAGGAAAAUAGUAGUAGAAUUAUCAAUGUAUUUGUGAUCUUUUGUAUCCAUCUUGAAGAAAGCUAGUGUGCAAAGUAAUCUGAAACUAUAUGUACCAUAGACAAUUUUGAAAAUUAUUGGCAGUUUACUUAAUUGAAAAACAAUCCUUCACCCUUCAGGCUUGUAUAUUUUAGAUCAUCACAGAGCAAGUUACCAGUUAGGAUAAUAGAGCUUAGUGCAAUUAACCCUUUAACGCCGAUUGGACAUAUUAAACGGCGAAGAAAAUUGUCUGUCAGGUGCCGAACUGGCGUACGAAACGUCAACGAAAAUUUUUUUUUUUUUUAAAUUUGCGGAAAAAUAGUUAUAGGCCUACUAGGCAUAAUCUUUUGAAUCACGCGCCUUGGGGGAUGCUGGGAGUUCACAGAUCAAGCUGUUGUUUUGUUUACAAUCGUUACCCAGGCGGGCAAGCGUGAAUUUCUUUCUUCUCGCACUAAAAAGCAUCAGCGACACAUCUCAGAAAUUAUUUAGUUACUUUGACAUAAUUUUUGCACCAUUUUAUAUUAGCCGUUACAUAGAGUUUUAUAUAUGAAAAUGUGCACAAUUUCAUGUAGAAUACAACUAAAAACAACUCAUGGUUGUAGCUUUUAUCAGUUUUGAAAUAUUUUCAUAUAAAUAACGAUAAGUGCCAAAAUUUCAACCUUCAGUCAAAUUUGACUACCGAAAUGGUUGAAAAAUGCAAUUGUAAGCUGAAACUCUUAUAUUCUAGUAAUAUUCAAUAAUUUACCUUCAUUUUACAAUAAAUUGGAAGUCUCUAGCACAAUAUUUUGAUUUAUGGUGAAUUUAUGAAAAAAACUUUUUCCUUACGUCCGCGCUGUAACUCUUCCGAAAAAAUCAUAAAUUUUUUCGUCCGAUUGUCAUAAUGUUUGCACAGUUUUAUAUUAGCCGUUACAUAAAGUUUUAUAUAUGGAAAUGUGGGCAAUUUCAUGUAGAAUACAACAAAAAACAACCCAUGGUUGUAGCUUUUAUCAGUUUUGAAAUAUUUUCAUAUAAGUAACGAUUAGUGCCAAAAUUUCAACCUUCGGUCAACUUUGACUCAACCGAAAUGGUCGAAAACCACAAUUGUAAGCUAAAACUCUUAUAUUCUAGUAAUACUCAAUCAUUUACCUUCAUUUUUAUAACAAAUUGGAAGUCUCUAGCACAAUAUUUCGAUUUAUGGUGAAUUUUAGAAAAAAAACAUUUUCCUACGUCCACGCGGUAACUGCCGAAAAAAUCAUAAAUUUUUUCGUCCGAUUGUCGUAAUGUUUGCAUAGUUUUAUAUUAGCCGUUAAAUAAAGUUUUAUAUAAGAAAAUGUGCGUAAUUUCGCAUAGAAUACAACAAAAAACAAUGGUUGCAGCUUUUAUCAGUUUUGAAAUAUUUUCAUAUAAAUAACGAUAAGUGCCAAAAUAUCAACCUUCGGUCAACUUUGACUCGACCGAAAUGGUCGAAAAAUGCAAUUAUAGGCUAAAACUCUUACAUUUUAGUAAUAUUCAAUCAUUUACCUUUAUUUUGCAAGAAAUUAGAAGUCUCUAGCACAAUAUUUUGAUUUAUGGUGAAUUUAUGAAAAAACAUUUUCCUUACGUCCGCGCAGUAACUCUUCCGAAAAAAAUCAGAAAUUUUCGUCUGAUUGUUGUAAUGUUUGCACCAUUUUAAAUUAGCCGUUGCAUAAAGUUUUACAUAUGAAAAUUUGUGCAAUUUCAUGUAGAAUACAACAAAAAACAGCCCAUAGUUGUAGUUUUAUCAGUUUUGAAAUAUUUUCAUAUAAAUAACGAUAAGUGCCAAAGUUUCAGCCUUCGGUCAACUUUGACUCGAUCGAGAUAUGGUCAGAAAACGGAAUUGUAAGCUAAAACUCUUACAUUUUAGUAAUAUUCAAUCAUUUACCUCUAUUUUUCAAGAAAUUGGAAGUCUCUAGCACAAUAUUUCAAUUUAUUGUGAAUUUAUGAAAAAAACCUUUUCCUUACGUCCGUGCGGUAACACUUCCGAAAAAAUCUUAAAUGUUUUCGUCCGAUUGUCGUAAUGUUUGCACCAUUUUAAAUUAGCCGUAACAUAAAGUUUUAUAAAUGAAAAUGUGUGCAAUUUCAUGUAGAAUACAACAAAAAACAACCCAUGGUUGUAGCUUUUAUCAGUUUUGAAAUAUUUUCAUAUAAAUAACGAUAAAUAGAAAAAAAAUCACGUUCGGUCAACUUUAACUUGACCGAAAUUGUCGAAAACUGCAAUUGUAAGCUACAACACUUACAGUCUAGUAAUAUUCAAUCAAUUACCUUCAUUUUGCAACAAACAGGAAGUCUCUAGCACAAUAUUUCAAUUUAUGGUGAAUUUUUGAAAACAGCUUUUUUUUACAUCCACGCGUUACGAAUUCAUGCAUCAUAUUGUGAUAAUAUUUUCUCCGUGUUGCUUUGAUUGUUUUGCAAUUUGUUAUAUACCAAAAUCAUCUCAAUUUAGUGUACAAUACAACGAAAAAAUAAUUAACUCAUUCGCUUUAACCGUUUUGCUCACAGCACGAUUUGUAUACAAUUAUAUAUGAAAUUUUUUUUCACACUGUCUUAUAUUCCAAUAUUUAUAUAUGAUAAUGAUAUUAUUUUUUAUUUCUGAUAGUUGCAUACUAAACUUCAGGCAAUGACAAAAAAAGGAGCCAAAAAUGCACUCUUAAUCUUGAAAAGUAAGCAUGCUGUGAUUUUUUGAAAAAAAAAAUUUCCGCUUCGGCGCUCACUCGUGAACGCCGCCGGCAUAGGGGAGACACUUUCGGAAAUAACGGCUCGGCGUUUAAGGGUUAAGCCUCCAAAUAAACUUGCUUCGGUGUUGUUUAUUCAGUUAUGAAUUUUAUAACACAGAAAAAUGACAGUUCCUAACAUGAGUCAGUAGUCAAGUUUGUUAUUUUGUUGUGAUUUUUUUUAAAAUGAUAUACAUAUCAGGAAUACUGUACCUUGUGUUAUAUCACAGUGAAGAUUAUACUAUCAUAUUUUUAUCAAACUAAUGAAAUUUAUUCUGAAUCAGGAAAAAAUUUAUGGUCAUCACUUCUUGAAAGAUGAAAGAUGUUGCAUAGUGAAGUUCAAUAUUACCAUGAAACUGUCCUGAAGGUUUUUUUUUAUGUAAAAGCUCAAGAAGGGAAAUUUUGUGAAGGGACAGUAAAACCUGUUGAGCCUGGAAUCAAGAUGCCAAGAUCAUAAUGCUUCUUCUUUGGUUAAACUCUACUUUAUCCUCUCAAUUUUUUAUAAGAGCAUUAGCAUAUUUGGUCAUUUUCCAGUUUUAGAUGUAUGAUUUUUCCUUAAUAUCUUAGUUUCACAGGUACUGUACUGUAUGUUUAUUAGCCUUAUAAAUUUCUUGUUAUGAAUUGGAAUAUGGUAAGGUAACUGGUAGUCACUGUAUAUUCAGAUGUUUCACAUAUAAAAUAAAAAGGCUGUCAUUAAUCACUGCCUUUCUUCUUUGCCAUGGUUAGUUUCAGUUGCAGGUUAAAUUAUGUGACAACUGGAUACUUUAUGAUAAAUCAUUUAGAGAAAGUUUAUAUACUAUGGUGAAUGACUGAUGAGGGUCUCAUUAUAUAGUGCCUGAUGAGGAUCUCAUUAUAGUGCCAUCUCUUGAAUCUAGUCGUGAAUUUUUUGAAGUGCAUUUUUAGAAUUAAGGCUUUGAGAUAAGUCUUGAUUGUAAGUAUUUUGUAGACCUGUAAAUAAACUUGGAAAUUU